CUGCAUCAUUCAGCUGAUACCUGAAUAACAUCACCUCACAUUUACCUGACAGAACAGUUGAUCAGUUGAUCAUCACCAUGAAGACUGUCCUGGUCCUCUCCAUUCUCCUCUGUGCUGCAUUUGCAGCUCCACAACCAGAAGGAGAGAAGACAAACAAAGUGAAGGCUCCAGAAGCAGCAAUGGAGGUCCUGAAGGAAGAGGUUGUUGCUGCACCUGAGAUGGACAAGAUGAUGAAGGAUGAGGAAGUACUUGUGCCAGAAGAAUUUGUCCCUGUUCCCAGAAAUGCACCUGUGUCUGAGGAGGCAGCAGCACCUGAAUCUCGUUUCAACUUCUGUCCAGACGGCUGGUUACAGCAUGGCUCUCGCUGCUUCCGGCUCAUCUCUACUCCCAUGAGCUGGUACAGGGCUGAGGAGCACUGCAACAUCCUGGGCGCCCACCUGGCCUCGGCCACCAACCCCAGAGAGUACAGCUUCCUCCAGCAGAUCGCAGGGAUAGGCAGUUCGAAUGCUGCAUGGCUGGGAGGCUUCAACCUGCAGGGCCAGUGGAUGUGGAUUGACCGUGAGGGUUUCUAUUACACCAACUGGUACUCAUACUCCUCCUCCAGCAGCUCCUCUGCUCCUACCUACGCACCACAUAUGGCUGGGGUAACACCAGGUGCAACUCUGCUUUUCGCUUCAUCUGUGUGAAGAACCCUUUCAAGUGUUAAUAUACAGACUUCACAUCUGGGGCCUUUAGAUAGAUCAGCCAGGAUAUUUUUUCCGUUGAAAGCGAUCUGAUGAACUUUGUUGUGUGUCAUACUGAUUUAUAUUUUUCCUUUUUUAUUCUGCAGAGUGUUAAAUGAUUAAGUGUUAUAUAACUUUUGUAUAAAGGCAUUUUUGUUUGUGAUUAUGGCAGCAGUUCUGUAAUAAAGACGUGUGAGAACAGGA